AUGGGAAGAAGAAAGAUUGAGAUCAAGGCCAUCAAGGACGAUCGGAAUCGCUCAGUAACUUUCCUCAAGCGCAAAGGUGGUUUGUUCAAGAAGGCGCAUGAGCUUUCCGUCCUCUGCUCCGUCGAUGUCGCAGUUAUAAUCUUUGGGAACAAUAAGAAGCUGUACGAGUACUCGAGUAGUGACAUUGGAGAGAUCUUGACGAGAUAUAAUUAUUAUGGAGGAGCAAGCGAACAUAAGGGUCCGGCGGACUUCAGUGGGAAGGGAAAGAUGGACGAUGAUGAUGACGAUGAUGACGGAUCUGGACCAUCCCACCAUGGUUCAGUCGAGCCUCAAAUGAUGCCCCCUCAAUUCCAGAACCAAGCCGCAUUCCAACAUAUCCGCCACCAAACGCCAUCUGCUUCUCCUCCGAUUCCCAAUGGCGUCUUCCCACAUCUUCCUCAACAACGUCAACACACUCCACAGCCACAGCAUGAUUCUCGGCCGUCCUCAAGAAACGGUACCCGAAGAACGGGCUCCAACCUCGUCCCUCAGCAACAGCAACAGCAACAUCCUCAUCCUACACCUCCCAAUGGUUAUGCAUUCAUGCCAAAUCCAGCUAUAUAUAACCCUCACAAUGGCCCCAAUAUGCCACCGCAGCAUUCUCACGGAAUGCCGCAACAUAUGCAACAAGCACCGCAAAUGCAAGGUCCUCCGCAAGGCGUUCCACAGCAAGGAGGACCACAAUAUCCAAAUUACGGUGCACCUCCUCAACAACAUCCACACCCACAGCAGGUUCAGCAACUGUACGCUGAGGAGCAGCGAAGAGCUUCUAUGCCACCAGCUUUCCCUCAACAAGAAAGACCACAAUCGAGAUCUCCACCACAACCACAACAGCAACAGGCUCCCCAACAGCAGCCGUCUCAGCAAGAACAGGAGGAGCCACAACCUGCACCUCAGCAAAUGUUGGAGCCUGUAAAGAGAAUGUCGGUGAAGUCUCGAAGUAUAUUUACGCCCAUUGAUGAAUCACGGUCUAUCCUGUCGCAACACUGGGCUUCUUCAACCUCCAAUACCGAGCCAUCCCGAGAUCCGCCGACGUCAAAUAAUCGUGCUCAAUCUGUUGAUGUUGGAGCUGUUACCCGCAUCAAGACCAACAACUCUCCUCCGCCUGUUCGUGCUCAAACUCAUAACAAAAAUCGUAAUGUUUCCAUGUCUUCGAUGUCUUCUAUGCCUGAUGGUUUCACGCCCCCUUCGCGUACGAAUUCGGCUCAACUUGGUGGUGGCAAGCGUCCUGUCCUGAAAGUUCAAAUUCCAGAUGAGCCUUCACCUGAUGGUGGAAGUGCGACUGCCGACUCGGCCUCAAGUCCGCGGUCAGGCACAAACGCAACUGGAUCUAAUGCUCGUCGAAAUGGGCAUACGAACUCGGACUCACACUCCUCUGGUGUUGUCUUACCGCCUCCAUCGCCUUCAGCAUCUGCUCUUCUGUCAGCUGGUGCUUCUGGUCCUCCAAAUCCCUUUGCUCGACCUCAUCCUGUUUCUCAAAACUCACAAGCGAAUUCAAAUAACGGAAACCUGAUCGAUACCCCUGUCUCCGCCUUGCCUUCCAGAUUCAUGAACAAUGACUUCCUCCCGAGUCCCAGCAGUUUCUAUCCUGACUGGAACUAUCGCGGCAGUGACUCGAACACUCUACCCAGUCCCCUUAAUUUCGCCACUCCUGUUGUGGGGACAGGACCGAGUUUCUUGAGAGAAGAUAGUGGCAGUCGAGAUGGCGGCAAUAACGGCAAACGUAAAACUCCCGAGAUAGAAGCAGAAAGCAGCGACGCCAAAAGAGUAAAACUCGAUACCUGA